CCCAAAUAGAUCUGGCCUCGUCAAUGAUGAUCUUCACGAUGAUGAUCUUGGUUUAGAAUUUGAUAAUUUACCCCUUCUUGCCGGUGCUAAUAAAUCUGGGUCUGGGAUUUAUGGUGCUGUUUUUAAUCUCACCACAUCUGUUAUUGGGGCUGGGAUUAUGGCCUUGUCUGCCACCAUGAAAGUUUUGGGUUUAAUAUUAGGGAUUGUGUUGAUAAUUUUGAUGGGCAUUUUGUUAGAAGUUAGUGUUGAAUUGCUUGUUAGAUUUUCUGUUCAAUGUAAGGCUUCGUCAUAUGGGGAGGUGGUUCAAGCUGCAUUGUGUAGGACAGCAAGGGUGUUGUCUGAAAUCUGUAUAAUUGUUAACAAUGCUGGUGUUUUGGUUGUUUAUUUGAUUAUAAUGGGUGAUGUGAUGUCGGAUUCGUUUCAUCAUCUGCUAUUAAGCUUUUCGAAGGGAAAAUUGAGGCGCUCCAAGAAUGACUCCGGAUUUUGGGUCAACCAAACAAUUUUGGAUUUGCUUGUGGUUAUUCCUAUCAUGUCCAAUGCUUAUGUCUGCCAUUUCAAUGUUCAGCCUAUUUAUAAUGAGCUUGAAGGAUGCUCGCCUGAGAUGAUGAACCGGGUGGGGAGGAUCACUACUGUCCUUUGUGUUUUAGUUUAUGCAUCCACUGCCAUAGCUGGUUAUUUACUUUUCGGGAAGGAUACAGAAUCCGAUGUCCUGACUAAUUUUGAUAAGGAUCUUGGGAUUCGUUUCAGCACAGCGUUGAACUAUAUUGUCCGCUUUGGGUACAUUUUUCUUUUGGUUAUUGUUUUCUCCGUUAUUCAUUUCUCCUUACGACAAACAGUGGAUGCCUUGGUGUUUGAGGGAUCAGCUCCACUUGCAGAGAGUAGGAAGAGGUGUCUGGCCUUAACUGUGUUACUUUUAGGGCUUAUAUAUUUAGGAUCUACUAUGAUUACCAAUAUCUGGACUGCCUUCAAGUUUACAGGGGCGACGACAGCAGUCUCUCUGGGUUUCACAUUUCCAUCUCUUACUGCGUUGAGGUUAAGUAAACAAAAGAAUGGAUUGACCAAGGGAGAGAACUUUUUGUCAUGGUUGAUGUUGAUAUUAGCAGUCAUAGUUAGCAUUGUUGGAGUGAUUGGCAAUAUUUAUAGCAUGGAAAGCCAAUCUGAAUGA